AUGAAUAGGUUAUUUGGUAGCAGCAAGCCCAAGCAACAGUCGAACUUAACGGACGUUACAGUCAGCAUUGAUGAGAGGAAUGAAUCUGUGGAAAAGAAGAUUGCCAAGUUGGAUGCGGAGAUACAGACUGUGUCAAAGCAGUUACGAAGUAUGCGUGACGGCCCAGCCAAAAAUGCACUUAAGCAGAAGGCUCUCCGUCUUUUGAAGCAAAAGAAAGUUUAUGAACAUCAAAGUGAACAGCUAAUGAACCAAAGUUUCAAUGUAUCACAAACGGACUUCGCCAUCAAGUCACUGCAAGACACGAAGACCACGGUUGAAGCGAUGAAAGUUGGAAGUAAGCAGCUGAAACGAGAAAUGAAGAAAAUGAACAUUGACGAGAUAUUUGUAAGUGGGCCCCUCAAAUGGGAAUGA